GAAUCCAACGAGGAAAAGGAAAAAGCUUCUAUAUAAGAGCAUCAUUCAUCGAAUCUUGACUCUCCCAAGAAACCAGAAAGAAUCAAUCAACUACGCAACCCAACUGCUCUUCCCUUCAAAACCCUGUUCAUCUUUUUAUUUCCUGGCAAACGAGAAUCUCUGUGUGUGUGUGUCUCUUCCAGGGAACAGAAAGACAACAAUGGCGGUGGCGGGUUGCAGUGUUGGUUGUGGUGGAGGCGUUUAUCUUCAACGUCAGGAUCAUCCCUCGGAUAUUCCUUUUAACGUUCGGAAUGGCUGUCGUCGUGCAUGCUCUUUCAUGGUGUCGAAACCGAGAACGACCAAGAUCUUGGCAUCGUCGUCGUCGUCCAAGGUGAGUCUACAACCAUUGCCGACGAAGCAGAAGGAAGAGAGGAAACGGAACGAGUUGUUGUACGAGAAGAUAGACGAGUGGAUGAGGGAUUCGGUGGUGGAGAUCGUUAAGAAGUUACCCGAAUCUCCCCUCUUGGUGCACGUGUAUUCCGACAACAACACGACGAGAACGAGGACGGAGAAGGCGGAGGAAGGCAACUGGGUUUUGAUGAAACAGAAGUGGGAGAAAGGGGUGACCCCAAUGCCCGAUGGGGUGAUCUUUGUUGAGCAAAUACAGGAAGAGGAAGGAGAAGAGAUUGAAGAGGAGAGGAAGAACGAGGCGGUUUCCAGGGCAUGGGGGAUUGUGGUUCAGGGCAAAGGGGAAGGGUGUGGACCUCCAGCUUGUUAUUUGUUGAAGACAAGCAAAGUGGGUUCUGGGUUGGGGCUGAGGUGCACCCAUUUUUGUUUGGUGAAGGUGAAAAGUUUCAGGGAAACUGCUUUCUCACAGCUCAAGAAUUGCUGGUUGUUGCAGGGUAAUUGAAACAGACAAUGGAAGAAGAAGAAGAAGAAGAAGAAGAAAGGUUGAUUCCUUUUUUUUUUUUUUAUCACUAUAAUUUUUUCUUGUUAAUAAGACUUGGAAUUGAUGGGAAUUGGCAAAGCCUGGGAAAUUGAUGUACAAAAUUCUUACAGGAAUUAAGAAUUCAGAACUGUUCAUAUAACUUUCAUUUUAUUCAAAGAUUUUCAUUCCAUAUCA